AUGUCUACUCCCGCUCCUCUCGCUGCUACCCUCGUCAUUCCCAACAAGAUCAAUGAGGUGUUCAAAAGCUAUGUCGAUGCGAAAGGCAAAUUUGCCCAAGCAGUGACGCUCAGCAUGCUCGGUGCUACUGCUGGCUUUUGUCACCAGCUCGUCACUAGUGGCGAUCCGGCUAUGUUUACUGAUCACAACCUCUUGGAGCCUGUGUUCAUCGUCCGUCAGGAGUAUAACACUCUCAAUGACUUAAACAAAGCAGUCACUAAUCCGGUUGGUUUUAACAUCGUCCGGGACUUCUGCAAGAAGGUCCAGCUCAUCUGUGAUGCUACCAAUGCUCAGAAGCAUGGUGCAGCAGAUGUCGCUGCCGUGCUACUUGAUGUCAAGCCCAAGCCCCGCCCUUGCAAGGCUGUCAAAUCCAAGGCUACCGUCGAUGACAAGGACGACGACGACGAUAUCGAAAUCGUUGGCAACGUCGAUGUCACUAUGGGUGUGUCUGACGGACCCAUUACUGCCGCCUCUGGUUCUGAUGCAAUGACCAUCGACAAUCUCUUCAAUGGAGAUGUUGAAGCAAAGGUAUCUACCAAAGACAAAGGCAAGAAACGCGCUACGCCCAAGGCAGCGUUCAAGCGCGCAGAGAUGGUGUGUAUUCCUUACGCCGCAGUCCCUGGCAUGGACACUGAAAACCGGAUUUAUUCAAAGGCUGUCGCGAUUGAAAGCGGACAGGUCGCAUCGUCCAGCAACAAACAUGCAAGGACUGAGCUUCCCCACACUAAUGGUCUUGUUGACCUUCAGCAUCGUCGAGGCCAUUCCCUCUCGCUUGAUAGUUCCAUCAAGGACUUCAUCAUUGCAUGCACCAAAGCCAUUCUUGACAGCCCCAUGCCUGGCAAGCCUACGUUGGAAUACUACCACAGCGCUGAGAUGGACUUGCGCAACCAUGUUAUCACUAGCAUCCAGCGCUUGGACUUAGAGCUCAAGCUCUAUGAGGUCCUUCAUGCUGAGUACGAGACCAUCGCUGACUUACUCAAGGAUUAUGAGGAAAUUGAGGUGUUCCUUGCUUAA